AUGCCGCCAUUGCAGGGUGAAGAGCGAAUGCUGACAGUUUUCGCCGACAUUCAUUACUAUUUCACAGCUCCCACCCCGAAGCCUUUGCAUCAUCGGUUUGAUAAGGGCUCGUACCUUUAUCUGUACUACAAUGCCACCCACCAUAAGAUACGGAUUGAAGUAGCGAAUAACCCCGGGGCCCCCGAGCAGGACUCGUUCAAUGGAGCCCUGGAUCGGGUUCAUGUCCGCCACUCAACCAGGUUUCCGACUCUAUGUACACUAACGGUGGACGGACAAGUGCAGUCUCAGGGACAGCAAGCCUUCCCCCCGCCGCCUUGCACCAGCACCAGCGCCUACGAAUGGCUAUUACCGAAUGGUGAUCCUCGCGAGAAGAGCGACGACCUAUUGCUUCUUCACACGUUGGACAUCUACUUUUGGACGUCGGACGACGCAACCCAGUUCCUAGACUUGACGGAGCGCUGUCUGUCCCGCUCCCAGAUCGAGACAGACCGUCGUCCGUUUCCACCGCCACCGCAAACGACGGCCACGAGUACGGUGGUACAACAGCUGGAGAGUGUAGCCAUUACCGAUCCCGCCUACCAGAACGGACAAACUCGGAAUUCUCAAUCCGAAGCAACUGUUGCAAGCCCUUUCCAAUCCAUGAUACCGCCGGGCGCUCUCCCCCCUCCGCCUCCGCUCAACGGACCUCCGUCAUCGAACGCCGGGCGAGGACCCUCGAUCGAUGAACAGAAAGAUCCAGCGCAGUUCACCCCUCUCCCAUACAACCCGGCCGCGCCAGCCGCGCCCGAGCCGAUUCAGCACCGUGAGAAAACUCCCCCGCCAGCCGACGGUGCCGAUGGAACCGGGCUUGCAGCAGCCGUAGCUGCCGACAACGGCGUUCCCUAUAGUCCUCCGUCCCUGCUCUCGGGCGCAGGAAACUUUGCAUCCCCUCCUCCUGCGACCCAGGGAUUACCUUUCUCGAUGCCGGGAAGCUACGCCUCUCCACCCCCAAGCGCGGGGCUCACACACUCCGGUUCAUUCUCCUCUCGAUCCUCCAUCCAGAGCCCGCCCGGAGUCCCGUCCUAUACACCCUCGUUCGUCGCCAGCGCCAAUCAAGCUGUCAAUGCACCACCUGUCCAGACGAUGUCGUUCGCACCUCCUCCCAAAGACCCCAACACACAUCUGUAUGGUCAAACACAAAACAUGUACGCGUCACACCCUCACACCCAGCCGACCUCCCCUCCACCUCCGGUAGGUGGUUACUCGAACUACUCUUACGACCCAGCGCCAAGACGUCAAUCGACAAAUAGCGAGUACGACAUCCAUAAACAGUUUUAUCGACCUACGGAGGCAGAGGCUACCUCUCAUGCCCAAAAAUAUACGCAUCAAGCGAUGCAGAACCCCGGGCAGCGGCCUCGGAAGCUGGAGGAAAACGCCUCGCGAGUUGAAAGUGGCGUGAAUAGAUUCUUGAAAAAGUUGGAGAAGAAGUUGUGA